CGGCAAUGUGGCACCCAUGGCAGCUCCUGAGCUCGCUGCGCCGACCGGCGCGGGUGCUCGAUAAGGUGACAACGACGCACCACCGCGUACUCGACCACGUUACUGCCAAGCUUACGCACCACCCGCUGCUCUUCCCGCAGGGCUUCUUCAGCGACGGCUGGGGCGACCUCCACGUGCCCUCCCUGCUCUCGCAGCGGCUGGCGACCGACGAGAAGUUUGCCGUCGCACCGAUCGUCGACCUGCAGCUGACGCCGAUGCGACGCCUACGGCGCAACGCGCCAUUGAUUCUGCAAGGCUCGUUUCGCACGACGCUGCGGGACCACACCAUCUUGCUGCCGCCCAUCUGCCACACGGCGUACUUUGAACUGAUCCUGCCGCCCGAAAUGGCUGCAAGUAGCGAUAAUCCGCUACGUAUGGACGGCAGCAAGCGAGCGCUUGUGGUGCUACUGCCAGGCACGGGGGAGCACGGCUGCACGCAUCGACGGCUCAGCGUCGCCGAGCCGCUUGCCCGCGCCGGCGUCGCGACGCUCGUUUUGGAAGGCGCUUUUUACGGCCGGCGCCGGCCGUCGAAUCAAAAAGGCUCCAAAUUGCGGCAUGUAAGCGACCUCCCGAUCCUGGGCCUGACGACGAUCGAGGAAGCCAAGUCGCUCUUGAAGCAUUUUCAAUCGCAGUUCCACUUUGAGCAGCUCGUUGUUGCCGGCGGCAGCAUGGGCGGCCUGCACGCAGCCAUGACCGCAGCCUUGUACCCUGGCGACGUGGGCGCCGCGUCAUGGGUCGCACCACCAUCCGCGAUCCCGGCCUUUACGCGCGGCCUCCUCGCGCUCUCUUGCAAUUGGCAGUCGCUCUCGCAGCAGAAAGAGCUCGCGAUGAUCGACCACUUGCUCUCGGGCCACGUCUCCGACUACGCGACUGCCUACUCGGACGAAGUCGCCCACGUCAAGCAACGAUUGAGCGCCUUCUUGGCGCUGACCAACAUUGAGAACUUUCCCGCACCGCGCCGGGAAGAUGCCGUCGUGUUUUCGCAAGCCACCGAAGACCAGUACAUUGGCCGCAACGACGACCAGUGGCAACUCCUCCGAGAGCGCUGGCCUGCCGCCACGUUUCGCCACGUCACGGCGGGCCAUGUGAGCGGCCUCCUCUUCAACUCGGACGCGUUCGUGGCGACGAUCUUGGACGUCAUUGCGAUCCUGCAACGCCCGCCAUCUCGAUAAGUUAAAUGGAUUGUUG